CUCUUGCUGUCUCUCCUGUAAGCACACUUAACGUUUCAGACUCUCCUCUCUUUGCUAGACUUUUUUCACUUGGCUGGAGCAAAACAGACUAGUGUUUAGAAGUGCACUGUCUGUGCUUGAGCCUAAUCUUUUCAUUUUGCAGACAGUUUUGAAAAUAGGUUGCAUGGUGGGAGAAGAACCAUACAAUGUCACAGGAUGUGGUUUCUGAGUUUGCAGAACUGCAAUGAACAUGCUUUGAAUGUAAAUUAAUAGCAAAAGGAAGCAACAUUGGCGACACACUUUAAGAGAUUGAGGUGCUGAUGUAAUGAAAAUGAAAAAACAAAUCUUGUCAUUUUCAAUAAUGUCAGAAGCUCGAUAGCUGUUUUUUUUUUUAGCUUGGUAAAAGCUCUUUUCUGUCACUUCUCUGCUGCUUUGGUGAUUCAAAAGUGAGUUUUCUUCAAGAUUUCCAGGCACCACGACUUCCCUUUCUGAGAUGAACGUGUCCUUUGCUGACAGCUCGCCGAUUGUGACUAGCAAGCCUUGAGUGUUCAGAGCCAGGACAACAGCAUCAUCUUGCUAGAAGCUGCUGAAAUGGGUUGCGGACUGCCGAAACUGGAGAAGCCAGACAAGAACAGCCCUGGCAAAAUCUACUCCACCCUGAAGAGGCCACAGGUAGAAACCAAAGUCGGGACUGCCUACUCCUACUGCUUUCUAGACUUCACAGUUGGGAAGGAUGCAGAGAUCAGCGGGUCCUCGGCAGUCAAGCUCUCGUCUGUCUAUGAGCUGCCCGUCCAGCUGCAGGAGUUGUACCAGCAGGGCUUUGUCCUGGCCACGGUACAUCCCUUCGUUCACCCGGCUGGAGGGAAGGACCAGACUCCACAGGAACGCCUCUUCAGAGCCGUUCUCAUUAAGCAGGCAGACAGCUCGGAAAAGAACCACCAGAACAGUGAGCCCCACAGCCUGGAAAUGAACAUGUGCCUGUCUUCUGACCAGCUUCCUGGUGCAGAACUCAUAGAGGGCUUUGUUAAGAGAGUGCAGGAAGCUGCAGAACAGGGAGUGAAAUUUGUGGGGUUUAUCCAACAGUAUGGUUUUCCAGUGAACUCGAACGCACACUCCACUGAGGCUGAAUCGUCAUCAUUGCAUUGCAGUCAGAGUAGUUCAGGGAAGGAGGAAAGUUCACAAACUCUCAUCCCUGAGAGCAGACCAGGUUCAGUGGAAGCCAGCGACUGUGAAACAAAUCAGGCGGCAGGAACAGAAACCAAUUGUGAGCAGGUGGAGCAGCAGGUCACUGAGAAAUUACCUCAGACUUCGUCAAAUGAAGAUGAAGGGCAGAUUGAAGCUAUGAACUCUGCUGAAUUGGCAGAAGUCACCGAGGUGGGAGUUAAGCCUGAUGGGGCUUCUGAGGCCAACUCACCGGCACCCACAACAAACGGGCCUGCUGAACAUUCGGCAGGGGAUUCCAGUGAGAACAUGGAGGGGAACCAGGAAAACAGCAGGGACAGCGGGACACCUGGAAACACUGAACACACAGAGCACAAAGGAUCGAAAAGGGAAGUCCAGACAUUUGCACUGUUGAACACAUCCAGCAGCCAGCAGAGCUUGUGUAGAUAUUACACAGUGAAGGUGCCUCUGAAAGUCCACAGGAAAGGCCAGGGUGUCACCAGUGUGGAGGCAGACUGGCUGGAUCACAUGACCCAGCACUUCACCAAUGGGGCGCUGCUGGUUGAUGGGUACUUCUGUCUUGAAGCAGAAAAUGAGUCGACACCCCGGUCAGUGGAAGGCACAUUCAUCUUUGAGGAGGCUUCUGAAGUGGACUCGACAGCUGCACAGGCCUACGAUGCCAUUGUUGUGGAACAAUGGUCAACUUUCCAAGGUGCUGAGGUUAAAACAGAUUAUAUACCCCUGUUGAAAUCUCUGGCUGUCUUUGGGUGGAGGCUGACCUGUGUGCUUCCUACUCCAGUUGUGAAGACAAACAGCGAAGGGAAUUUGGCGACAAAGCAGAUUGUUUUUCUCCAGAGACCUUUCCUACCCCGAAAGAAAAAGGAAUCAAAGAAAUUAAACUUCAAGACACGAAGCAAGCUAAAUAAAAACACAAUCAAAGACAAAAACAAAAAAACGAACGUAUCAAACCUGAAAGAGAAUGAGCAGGGGGACCAGAUCACUAUAGAAGAUGUGCAGAAAGAGAAUGAGAAAGACACAGACCAAGAAGACAGAGAAAACAACAUGGAGAAAACCAGUCCAAAUGAAACAGACACACAAGAUACAGGAAAUGAAAAAGACAAGGAGUCAGCAACAGAGAAAGAGCGAGACAAUGAGACAGCUGCCCCAGAACAGAACCCAGAACCACAAAGCACCGAGACCAGUGGUGGAAAUGAGGGGGGCACUGAGUGAUGGCUGUGAUGCCUCUGAAGAAGCUUUCCAGGAGCCAUGUGCAACAGACACUUCAUACAUGAUCAGCUGUGUCUCUGAAAUCAAAUGUGAUUGCGAUUAGAAAACAGAAAAUGGCAAUUGAUAAUCACCUAUAAGGGGAAAGGGUUCAAUCGCUCACAGUAACCCGUUCUCUUCACUCUCCAAAUAAGCACACUCAGUAGGACCGUUUUGUUGUGAACUGCAGACCUUUGAGGAUAAUGGAAAUGUUCAGCCAGAAACAAUGACAGAGACAGACAUUAUCGAAGCCAGGAAAGUGGGGUCCUUGGCGUGGAUAAUUUGGGUUGUUUUUUCAAAACAAGCAGCUUUGAACAGUUAAUGAAAUGAUGCAGAAAGGAUAUGAAACUGAAAAUGGUUGUUAAAGGAGAACAUGCUCUAUUGCAAACUACAUUUCACCUGUAACCUACAAUAAAGAUGCAGUAUUCUCACUUUAUUGAAACAUCAAUUAAACUGAGAUCAGUCAACUCUUUCUAACAUGGAAAGGAAACCAACUGACUUUUAGUAUACUGGUAUGACAAAAAUAGAUCAGUCAUACCCUUUAGUUAAACACAAGCAACCAUACGUUGCAGAGUAAGUUUGCUUUCUUUAAAAUACAGCUUCUUUUCAAAGUCUAAGGUAAUCCAUAUGUGGUCGUGGUUGUUUCCUAUGAUAUGCAUCAGAUUCUAAACUACUGUUUGCAAACGCAAGCAGUCUGCCACUGUAGUUUCUACAUUCUAGCUAAAGUAAAUUAAACAUUUGUGAAGAUUGGAAUGUUUUUGGCCUCUUAAUGUUGGGUAUAUGUCUUAAUGGUAAGCAGUGUUGUUUUGGAGUGUGCAGAAGCAUUUCAAUACUCUAUGUAAGUGGUACAGUGCACAACAGUCCAUAGGUUUCUGGAUAAUAAAGAUAAUCUUGACUGAACCUAAACAAUCUACAAUAAGAGCAUGUCCUCAUCUUAAGCGUCUUUAAGGACAUAUCAUAAACAGUUUCUUAUUAAACUAAUUUAGGAAGCUUUUUGAAAUGUUACUAAGCUACCACAGUAUGAAACAAAGCAGAAAACAUCUCUUUAAACUAACAUUGGAAACUGAAAUUGGUCCCUCAGAUUAUUGGUGUUGAAACAAUUUUAUAAAAGACCAUUGUAAAUGUGCCUGGUAAUUAUGCAGUUUUCCCAUGCUUUUUCUACAGUUUACCAAGGUUUGCUGUAAUUUUAACCAUGCUUACCUAUGCUUUCACAUACUUUCACUGUGCUUUGUUACUCUUUGCUUUGCUUUUACUAUGGUAAACUUAUAUAAGGGUACUUACAGCUGUAAUACAAAAUAAUAGUUUUAUCUGCUUGUAAAACACAUUCUAGUUAAAAUGUUUGGAACCCCACAUGUUACGGUUAUUUCUACACUACUAACGCAGUGCGUGAAUGAUCAUGUUUAAUUUAUAUAAACAGAUGGAAAUGAUUUUAUGUGACCAGUACUCUAUGCCAGUGUUUGGUCAUAUUUAAAUAUUUUAAUUCACCUGUUAGGACAUAUGCUCAUUAGAGAAUCUUCCUUUUUAAGUGGGAAAUAGAGUUUUUGUAAAGCAAGUUAGUUGAAGCUAUGAAAGAGAAAGUAUAAUCUUUAUAAAUAAAAUAUGUAUCCUAUAUUACCAGCAACAUACAUUAAAAAGAAAAAUAAUAAUCUAAUCUAGUAUGGAAAAACAUCACGUACCUGGAAUAGUUUUUUACAAGUGCCUUUGCCUUGCGCGCAAUGAAAUUGAAAGGUUAGCUGAGAUGACAGGGUUGCUAGUAAGGACUGUGUGUAUCUUCAGAUAUGUUCAACUUGCGUGUCUCUUGUUACUGGCUGGACCAAUUCUGUUUAUUUUUGUCACUACAACACCCCCCUCCUCAAGAGCAAAAUACCUUCCGUCCACCUUGACACCCACUAAAACAUGCACACCUUGUCAGCAUUUGUAAUUUGCCAUGAGAUCCUAAAUAAAGAAGUUUGUUUAAAUAGAGCAGAUAAUUUAAUGAGCCCCUAAUUAUGUGGAGGGAUUGAUUCAUAAAACAAUUGUAACAUAAAUCCUUAAGCUAUCUCGAGACAAGUAAACAUGUAUUUGGAAACCUUCUCAGUACACAGCUGCGUGUUUCUAUAUGGACUGCCUUCGGAAGAAAUGCUUUAGAUUUCAAGUCUUAACCCUUUGCGGUCCUAUUUUGGACCAGGUCCGACAUUACAAUUUUCCCUUUCCAGUACGGAUCACAAAGA